GCGUUAUGGGAGGAGCUCCGGUUUGUGUGGCCACAGGCAGCUUGUAGUACGACACAGUGUCAGAGAGAGGGAGAGAGUGGACCUGCGGACUCAGAGCUGUCAUCUAACAGAGCUUUAAACUCUGCUGUUUCUGUGGAUUUUCUUCUCGCCGUUCCCACCGGAGGAAUCAAUCUGUCUGUGCCACCUAAAGGGAACCUGCUUUAGAUCUGAAGGGAUUUUUUUUUUUUUUUUUUCACUUCACGGCUGACUGGGACAGAGCAUCCCAGCUGAGGGCCCGGGGUGUGGCGUUUGCAUGGAGGCUCAUCGAAGGAGGCUUUCUGUUGUGCUCUGAGGUCAAAGGUCGCCAUUCCACACCAGCAUCGUCGUCUGCAGAGCCGGCGGAGUGCGGAGUGCCUCCCAUUCAAGGAGCCUGGAGCUGCAUUACAAGAGUGCCAGAGAAAGAGGGAGAGAAAAUAAACACGGGUUAAAUAGACACUCUUCAUGAAUUCCCCAAAAAACCUGAAAGGCAAAUACUGAGAGUCGGCUGGCAGUCCCGGGCAGGCAUGUGGACAGUGACGAUGGCUUGGCUCUGUCUAUCAGCCUACGCCGUCCUUUUUGUCGGAGGCUUUCGGACAGCCGCCAUGGAGAACGACGUCACUCCGCGCCUCACUUUCUCCUACAAUGCAAAAGAGAGGACAACCAGAGGUUUCUCCGUCAGCGGAGUCUCCAACUUCACUUCCCUCCUUCUCAGCAGUGAAGACAACAUGCUGUAUGUCGGCGCCCGGGAGAUUCUCUUUGCCCUCAACCUUUCUGAUAUCAGUGCAGCCAAGCUCCAAAGAAAUCUCACGUGGAAAACACCAGACAGGAAGAGAGAGGAGUGCAGUUUCAAAGGCAAAGACCUGCAGACGGAUUGCUUCAACUAUGUCAAGAUUUUGCUGCGGAUAAACAGCACCCACCUCUACGUGUGCGGCACUUAUGCCUUCAGUCCUGUCUGUGCAUAUAUAAGCACUGCGGACUUCUCCCUCGUCAAGAGUGAUACGGGUGAGAUUGUUACAGAGGAUGGACGGAGCCGCUGCCCAUUCAACCCUGAAUACAAGUCCACUGCCAUCAUGGCCGAUGGGGAGUUGUAUGCUGGUACAGUCAGUAAUUUCCAAGGAAAUGAACCCAUCAUUUACAAGAGUCUCAGCCAAGGAACUGCUCUAAAAACAGAAAACUCCCUCAACUGGCUUCAAGACCCAGCCUUUGUUGGCUCUGCCUACAUCCAGGAAAGCCAGCCCAAGGGCAACCCAGUGGGCGAUGACGAUAAGAUUUACUUCUUCUUCAGUGAAGCGGGAAAGGAGUUUGAUUUCUUUGACAACACGAUUGUGUCACGCAUUGCUCGUGUGUGUAAGGGCGACAUCGGAGGCGAGCGGGUUCUGCAGAAGAAAUGGACGACCUUCCUGAAGGCGCAGCUUCUCUGCUCCCUGCCCGACGACGGCUUCCCCUUCAACAUCAUCCAGGACAUGUUUGUGCUCACGCCCAGCCCCGAGGACUGGGAGAGCACGGUGUUUUACGGCGUCUUCACCUCUCAGUGGUAUAAAGGGGCGUCGGGAAGCUCCGCCGUCUGCUCCUUCACCAUGGGCCAGGUGGAAAAGGCCUUCAACGGCCGGUACCGCGAGGUGAACCGAGAAACCCAGCAGUGGUACACCUACAAUCAUCCGGUCCCAGAGCCCAGGCCUGGAGCGUGUAUCACCAAUGCGGCCCGGGAGCAGGGCAUCUCCUCCUCGCUGCACAUGCCAGACAAGGUGCUGAACUUCGUCAAAGACCAUUUCCUGAUGGACAGCGUGAUCCGCAGCCAGCCGCUGCUGCUCAAACGCAACGUACGCUACACGCAAAUCGCCGUCCAUCGAGUCCAGGCAGCCAAAAAGGCCUACCAUGUGCUCUUCAUUGGUACAGAUGAUGGGAGGCUCCAUAAAGCCAUUAAUGUCAACAACAAGAUGCACAUCAUUGAGGAGAUGGUUCUUUUCCGUGACUCCCAGCCGGUGCAGAACAUCGAGCUGGACACAGAGAAGGGAAAGCUGUACGUUUCCUCUUUCUCUGAACUGGUGGAGGUCCCAGUCGCGAACUGCACUAAUUACCAGAGCUGCGGGGAGUGCGUCCUCUCCAGGGACCCGUACUGCGCCUGGAACGGGAAGCAGUGCGUGGACGUCAGGCUGGCGCCGCCGCGCAAUACCUGGCAGCACGACGUGGAUGAAGCAGACACAUCAGCUAUUUGCAAUAAGACUCUGCAGAGCCCACGGCUUGCUAAGCCUCCACCUACACGAAUGUCAUCAUGCCAGGUGAUUAUUAUCCCAGCCAACACUUUCAAAGUGCUGCCUUGCAAGCUGCGCUCCAAUUUGGCGGAGAGGAAGUGGGAGUUCAGCGAGAGCGCGGGUCACUUCCAUUACCCCAGCCCCGAGGGCGGCCUGGUGGUGGUGGCCCAGGCGGACCGGCAGGAGACCUACGAGUGCUGGUCGGUGGAGGAGGGCUUCAGGCAGCUGCUGGCCAACUACUGCGUGAGGGGGGAGGCCCGGCGGGAGAGCACCACCCUGACGGGCCGCUCGCGCACGCCGCAGGUCUCCCAGGAGGAGUUCAUCAUCCUGCCGGGGGAGACGCGCUCGCCGCAGAUCACCACCAAGACCUACUGGAACGAGCUGAUCGUGGUGUGCGCCCUCCUGGCCUUCUCCCUGGUGGUCUUCUCCCUGUUCGUGGUCUACAGGAACCGCGACCACAUGAAGUCCAUGCUGAAGGAGGGCGAGUGUCCCAACAUGCAGCAGAAGAAGCCGCGGAUCGCGGGGAAGCCCGCCGAGAACUUGCCGCUCAACGGCAACGCGGUCACGGCGUCGGCGUCGGAUCACAAGGGUUACCAGACCCUCAACGACAACUACAUCUGCAGCACUCCGCCGCACGAGUGCUCGUCGCCAGACAACAGCAAGAGCUUCUCCGAGUCGGAGAAGAGGCCGCUGAACUUGAGGGAGAGUCACGUGGAGAUCUCUCCGACGUGCCCGCGGCCCCGAGUCCGACUGGGCUCCGAGAUCAAAGACUCUAUAGUGUGAGGAGGGAGUGACUCCGCAGAAACUCGAAAGGAAAGAAUGCACUUGUCAAGAGAGACGAAACACAGGAGGGUUCACAGCGCCCUCACCGAGAAACAUUUCAUCACACCGAUUUUGCACUUUGUCUUUUUUUUUUGUUUUGUUUUUCUGUUCCUGUGGUCCAUGUACAUUUCAUUUGAUUCUCCGGUCAUCCUUUUUUAUUUUUUUUUUUAAGAAAAAAAGCAUUUGAAGCACAGUGAAGAAGUUCCAGUUUGCCUUCUGACUUUUGAUGCUUUCACACCUGGCUCACAGGAAGGUCACGAGCAUCGAGGUGGCGCCACAACCCCCUCCCCUCCCCUCCCCCCCCACGCCGCCGCUCAGUCCGUCCAUCCCAACACACCGGUGGUGCUCCGGGGAGGCGGAGCGAUCCGCGGCCGCCGCCACCGACUGACAGCGCUCGCUGUUUUAUUCUCAUCCUGUCAGCUUGUACCCUUCGCUGAGGCUAUGCACUAUGUACUGUACUGUAGCAAGGUCAACACUCACACUAGAAAACACACAAACAAGUCGGCGAUGAACGAGAAAUAUAUAAAGACUCAACCGUCACACACUCAUGGUUUCAGACCUAAAUAGAACUCACAGAAACACAAAGAAGUGUAAUCAAAACUUUACAAACUGCUAGAAAUCACCUCAGUAGAACUAUUUUCACCUCAGCCGCCACACACCGAGGAAACGAUAGAAUUUAGUCCAAAACGACGACGCGUACGGAGCUGUAUUAAGUAUUGAAAUCGUUCCCAGGUAUAGAUGUUCCUCAGAGGAGGCCUGACUUCAUUUUGACUGAAAUGUCAAGGGUUGUCUCGCUUUCUUUUCUCCAGAUGUGAUGAAGGGGAAAAGCUCAUUCCAGGUAUUAUAUCACGCUGUUCUUUAUGGGAUAGGCAGUCUAUGCAAAGCAAAAUAAUGUGAAGUGAGGCGAACACCGGGGAGAACAUGGAAAAAAAAAAAAAAAAAAAAGAAACCCUCACCUGGAGUCCGAGUAAGCACAAAGGGCGUCGGCGCUGUUGAUUACUUUGAAUUCAGUGGCACUACACACGCACACACACACACACACACACACACAAACAGACAGAGGUGGAAAGAGAACAAUGAAAAAAUGUAUUCAAGUACAGCUGCUGUUAUAUUGCUUACAUUUUAAUUGUUCUUACUGUUAUUUUCCCCAAAACACUUUGAGGAAUUAUGGUUUAUGGAGCUGGCAAAGUACCAUCUCACACUGCUCUUUAUUGGGACAAUAAAAUAAAAAAAUCGAGCACGUUUGCAUCCAAAAUGGAAAUCCCAACAAACUUCACGCACAAGAUUAAAUGAAUUCACGCUUUUAAUUUUUUAAUUAAGGUUUGUUUACAGAGAACCAGCAGUCUAUUUGUCCGCCCUAUAGAGCCUGUCAUUCUGUAUUGUUCUGUAUAUUUGGCUAUUUUUUUGUGCUCGAGAUUUGAACCUGUAGAUGAGUAAAUAUCCUCGUAUCAAGUGAUUCACUGUUGAGAUCUGUCAAAAUCCCCGAUCUUUGACAGCGUUCAGAUGCUUUUUUAGCAGCGAUGGGACCUUUUUUUCAGGCAACCGAACGAUUCAUCGAGUAACCGAUUACUUCCACCUCUGCACACAGCACAUGCACACUCUUGAACGUACAGACGCACAUCACACCAACUGUAAGUAUGCAAAAGAUUUUAGCCAUUUUGCUGCGUUUAAUAGAGAAAGUGAGAAUGAAAAGUUGGAGACAGGCUGCCGUGAUAAAAGACGAGGGUCCAGUAUAUAUUAAGUUAAACCUGCAGCAAGAGGCUUUUUUUGCAACUUGGUAAAAGUUACUAAAUAUCUUUGAUGAAUACGUGGCCAAAUGUUUGUUUUACAGAAAGUCACUUUUUAAAAAAAAUAUUUUAAAUAUCUGUCACAAAAGUGAAAUUAUACUGAAUAUUUAACUCAUACACGUGUUCAUAACAUGAUUUAAAUACCACACAUCUGUAGAGCCUCACUUUUUUUAUGAAUAUGAACUGAUGAGUGACCGUGAAGAAAAAAGGAAAGAGCCUCUGCUUUGCUUGAGUGGUUUAAAAGGCAACCAUAAAAGCAAUAACAUUCAUUCACAUUCAGUUAAAAAAACAAAGAAAGAAAACAGAACAUUUCUGCAUUUUAAUCAUCUAUAAACCACACAAACCACAAAUGUAUGAGUCAGAUAAUAGCACAACUUAAUUUCUUUUUAUAUUUCAUACAAUGCUUUUUGUUGUUGUUUUUUUUUUUUUUUUUUUUCAGUCUUACUCGUGUUUGGUUCUGGGAUUUGUGACGAGGCCAGUAAAACUAAGAGGUGGACGUAAUGGAAAGGCGUACAGCUUGACUCAGCAUGCGUGGGAUUUGCACAUGAUGUUAAAAGCCUUAGUAGUACAAAUGCAAGUUAUGGAUCUAGUGUGAAAUCUGCCUUUGGGGGGGAGCGGAUAACGCCUUCUGAAACAAUAAUCAAGAGAUGUGCCUCAUAGGAUGACGUGAACCAGCGGUUUUCAGAGCGUGGGACGGACUUUUCCUCCAGAAGGAGAAAUCUCAGGGUGAAGGAGAUGCUUUUUAACCCUGAGGUGGUUAUUCCUUUAAUUUUUGAGAGCAAAUCAUAAUAAAGGGGAUUAAUGUGGUGUAUUGAAUUUCAUUAGGUAAAGUUGAAUGAAGUUUAGUUCGAAACUAUAACUGCUACCAGGAGAAGUAUGAAGGUGUUUCAAAUCAACAACAUCGACGAGGAGAUUUAGAAUUUUUGUUGCUGCUUUUAACGAUAAUUGUGAGAAGAAAGUUAGUGCAGCGAGGGGGAAGAGGAGCACAGCUUGGCUCGUUCUCCCACACUUUGAAAACCUCUGGUCUGAAAACCGAGCAGGUCGUCGUGCUGCAGAGCUGAACGCUCCUCUGUGGGUGUGAGGAAACCGGGCGUGGCUCAGAGACUUGAGAAAAUGAUGAAUACGUGUAAUUUAAUAGAGACAGUGUUGUACAAAAUUUGCUCAUGGGUGUUUUUUUUGUUUUGUUUUUGGGAGCUUUUUUUGUUUUGUUUUUGUUUUGUUUGUGUGUGGCUUCAACCUCAGUCAGGGAAACUUUCUUUUCUUAAACUAGUAAACAAAUAACCACUGGUUGAUUUUUUUUUAUAUAUAUAUAAACUAUUAAAUAAAAGUAUUAUGAUACAUUUCCUGUAAAUGGCACUGCAAAGAUGACUUUCAAAGACUUCUGAGCUAUAAUCACUCAUGCAGUAUGAAAGACUCACGCUUUGACUGUUAUUUAAAAAAAAAAAAACCCCAACGGCAGCUUUUGUUGACGUGGCUG